UUGCGCGAUGCUCCCGUCCCCGCCGAGGGCUCCGGCCAGAGCCGCCUGCAGUGCCAGGGAGCUGCCAGCAAGCUGGGCGGAGCUCCGGUGAGGAGGCGGCGGCGGCGGCGGCGGCGGCGGCUUCCCCUGCAGCGCCAUUUACCCCCAAAGCCCCCUCCCCACACGUAGCCCCUCCGUUACCUCCAGGGCACGAUCCGAGGUAGCUUACCUUGGAGCAGCCGCCUUGCUUACUCGUAGGAUUGUGUCCCUUCGGUGACUCUGACUCGUCCUUCUUGUGGGAUUUGCAAGACUGCUUUGAUGCACGUUGUGCAGCUCUAUUGCCCUCUUGAGGGCUCCCCGUUCCAUCGUGUCCUCAAUGUGUUUGCCUGUGCUGUGAAAAGAUGCUGGGGAAAAUCAGAAAGCUGGAUGGUAUUACGGUCCCAAUAUUUGGAAACGCAAAGGAAAGAAGUGCAAGAUUGUAAAUCAAAGCAGAAGCAGGAAGUAGCACCCAAGGAUUGGUGUGAUGGAGCGGACGACUGGGGGGAAGACAAUGAUAUGGUGUCGUCUGAGGACACGUGCAGCCCGAGCCUUGGCUUGCUUGCAGCUUCACAUCCCUUCCCUGGGGAGGGAGAUUGUGCCUCUCGGUUGCAAGCUCUCAGCCUGCACGAAAUUGCAGGCGUCCCUCCUCUCUCGUGCUCUGAUAACCCAACUGGGAAAGAGCAAAUCGCUCCUGUUUGGCAACCGUACUACAUCAGCGCCGUGGAGGAAGAUGAUUAUCUUGGCUACAGUGAUACGGAUCAUGCCCAAAAACUCUUGAAGGAGUAUCAACAGAGGGAGGGCGUUGACUUGGAACAGUCGACGUUGGAAAGUGACGUGGCUGACAGUUGUGGCGAGAAAUAUGAGAAGAGUAAUGUUGAAAAGAGAGGCCAGGUGUUCCACAAGUUUAUGAAAAGGAUUUCUCCUUGCCAAGAACAGAUCUUAAGGUAUUCCUGGGGUGGCCAGCCUUUACUUAUAACCCACCCCUUGUCAGAUAUCAAGACGACUGUCCCGCCCUGCAAUAGCUGCCAAAGCAAAAGAAUCUUUGAAUUUCAGCUUAUGCCUGCCCUGGUCAGCAGGCUGAAGAGCAGAGAGGAAGAUCCAUCCGUGGAAUUUGGAACAGCGCUGGUGUACACGUGUGAGAAGAGCUGCUGGCCAGUUAAUCAUCCGGUGCCCCUGGAAGAAUUUAUUUUUGUGCAAGAAGAUCCAGAUCAAAAGCUGUUUAAAUAGAUCCUAUUUAAUUCCUUGUAUAAAUAAAGCUGUAUUUUGUU